GGUGGAUUGAGGCAAACCCUUCCCUGCCCUCUGCACCCCAUGCAACUCCUGUUCUGACUGUCUUCACGGACCCAGAUUGGGCCCACAGGAUACCCUUGGGAAGUUCUUUGGACACUUUCCUUUUCCUGGUCUCGUCAAACCCCCGUCUGGAAUUAAACAUGAAGCUGCUUCGGGGACCCAAGACGUGAACUGUCGCAGCACCAGCUCCUCGGGGACCUCGAAGCGAGAGAGGGAACAGUGUUGGGGGGCGCUGCACGCUCCUGCCCCUCCAACCAGACAAGACGGGCUCUUGUCAGCAACCUACCAUACUUCCCAAGGGUGAUUUGAAGCUCCUGGCUCCGUGGCCUUCUCGGGCAGCAUCACGACGCCAGCUCAAAAACAGCUUGGGAGAGUUCUCGAAGCAUAACCGGCUUUGCAUGCGGAAGAUCCCAGAUUCAGCCCGGCCAGCCAAUGAUGCCCAGGACCACGAUUCCAUAUUUUGAGGAGAUUUUCCAUGGGCACGAUUAGGCUUCUACAAACUCAGUGAUGGUGCCCGUGGGGGGAGAUGCCAAGAUGCCCAGCUUCCUGGGAUGCGAGUGAUGAAGAGAGCCUGCCGACCACGUAGCGCUUCGAUCCUGAGGUUUCCACCCAGCUGCGGAACGGCUCACUGAACGACGCACGGGGGAAGGCCCGGAACACGAUGAACAAACUGAACUUCCACAAUAACAGAAUCAUGCAAGACCGCCGUAGCAUCUGUAUUUUCCUCCCCAACGACGACUCCCUCAAUAUCAUCAUCAAUGUUAAAAUUCUGUGCCACGAAUUGCUCGUUCAGGUGUGCGACCUGCUCCGACUGAAAGACUGCCACCUUUUUGGACUCAGCGUCAUACAGAACAACGAGCACGUGUACAUGGAGCUGUCGCAGAAGCUCUACAAAUACUGUCCGAAAGAAUGGAAGAAGGAAGCGAGCAAGGGCAUUGACCAGUUUGGGCCCCCGAUGAUCAUCCACUUCUGCGUGCAAUAUUAUGUGGAAAACGGCAGGCUGAUCAGCGACAGAACGGCCCGCUACUAUUAUUACUGGCACCUAAGGAAGCAGGUCCUGCGUUCCCAGUGCGUGCUGCGCGAGGAGGCCUACUUCCUGUUGGCGGCUUUCGCACUGCAGGCCGACCUGGGCAACUUCAAAAGGAACAAGCAUUUCGGGAAAUAUUUCGAGCCGGAAUCGUACUUCCCUGCUUGGGUGGUUGCGAAGCGAGGCAAGGAGUAUAUCCUGAAGCACAUUCCCAUUAUGCACAAGGACCAGUGCGCGCUGAGCGCCUCCGAAGCCCACCUGAAGUACAUCAAAGAGGCCGUGCGGCUGGACGACGUGGCCGUGCAUUACUAUAGACUGUACAAGGACAAGAAAGAAAUUGAGGCCUCUUUGACCCUUGGGCUAACCACACGAGGAAUACAGAUAUUUCAGAACGCAAACAGUGAAAAGCAACUGCUUUUCGACUUCCCUUGGACGAACGUCGGCAAGCUCGUCUUUGUGGGCAAGAGGUUUGAGAUCCUUCCCGACGGCUUGCCCUCAGCCCGCAAGCUCACCUAUUACACAGGCUGCCCGACGCGUUCUCGUCACCUCCUGCAGCUUCUCAGCAACAGCCACCGCCUCUACAUGAACCUGCAGCCCAUCCUGCGGCAGAUCCGGAAGCUGGAGGAGAACGAAGAGAAGAAGCAGUAUCGGGAGUCCUACAUCAGUGAUGCCCUGGACCUCGAUAUGGACCAGCUGGAGAAGCGGUCCCGAGCCAGCGGGAGCAGCUCCGGCAGCGUGAAACACAAGCGCCUCUCCCGCCACUCCAGCGCCAGCCACUCCAGCUCCCACACAUCGGGGAUCGAGGCCGACCCCAAGCUCCGGGACCGCGGGGCAGAGGACGACUUCCUGCCAGCCGCCAUCCACCGCAGGCUGAGGACCUGCAGCUCCAUGGCCAGCCACGGCAGCUCCCACACGUCCGGCGUGGAGAGCGGGGAGAAGGAGCGACUAGAGGAAGACUUGCAAGAUGACGAAAUCGAAAUGUUGGUUGAUGACCCCCGGGACCUCGAACCAGCAAGUGAAACCUCUCUGGACGACGUUAGCCCCGACGUCUGCAUUUACAUUACGGAGGAUAUGCUGCUGGCCAGAAAGUUUAACGGGCACUCAGGACUGAUCGUGAAAGAAGUCAGCUCUUCGACUUCCAGCUCAUCGGAGACAGUUGUGAAGCUUCGUGGCCAAAGCAUCGAUUCGUUGCCACAGACGGUCUGCCGAAAGCCAAAGACUUCCACCGACCGGCACAGCUUGAGCCUGGACGACAUCCGGCUGUACCAAAAGGACUUCCUGCGUCUGGCGACUCUCUGCCAGGAGACGGCCCAGAGCUACACGUUCGGCUGCGGCCACGGACUGGCGGAAGAAGGCCUCUACUGCAACGGCUGCCUGGCUCGGCAGUGCGUCAACAUCCAAGAUGCCUUCCCAGUCAAAAGAACCAGCAAGUACUUCUCUCUGGACCUUGCCCACGAAGAAGUGCCCGAGUUUGUCGUCUGACGCCAUCCCUUCCAAAGAGCCGCUUCGGAGCCGGUGGUGGUUUCCUCAGGCCCUUUAUCUUUGGUGCCAUGGAGGGGUUUCUCCCCCCUCCCACGUCUUUUUCUCUUGGAUACUUAAAUGUCAAGUUCUUGUCUGUUGUGGCGCUCUCAUGGACACCCUGUGCCACUCUUUGUGCCACGUGGCAGAAUUUUACCCAAGUUUAAACAGGUUGGAUUCGGAAGGGAGGGUCUCUUCCUUUGAACGUGGCUCGCACAGAACGUUUGCCGUUCCCUUGUUUUCAACAAAAAAAAAAGGUGCGCAGCGCGACCAACGCUUUACGUUUUCGCUUUACGCCUCAUCGAAGCCCUCGAUGCUUCCCGCGCUUCGGAUGUUCUCGCGCCUGGCCUCGCCGCGCAAGUUUUUUUUGUUUUUGUGCUUUGAUUUCUGCCGGCGGGGUGCAGAGGGUACAAAUAACAAUGUCCCGAUUAUUUUUGAAGGGCUCCCUCUUCUGUAUUGUGUCAAGCCAAAGAAACUGCCGACGUCCCAAAUGGACAAAGUCACGAAAGAGCGAGGGAUAACUGAAUGAAAGGGUGCGUUACGGCGGUUGGGGACAACCGAAGAUUAUGCUAUGAUCAGUUCACCUCGCCUUUUCUGUUCUGCCAAAAAACAUGCGAUACUUGGGCUUUGCUCCAAGUAAAACCCUUUUGUCAGAUUGUUUUGUGUAAAGUUUACAGGAAAAUUUGUGUUGCAAAGAAAAAGAGAGAGAGAGAGAGAGAGAGAGAGAGAGGGAUUUGCAAAGCUUCAGGAAGCUUCUUGUAAAAAGAAACAAAAGAACAAAUGAUCUUUAAAGAUGUAGCAAUAAGAUUUGCUGACCAAAGUACCUUAAGUUACAGAGAACGAGAGACAGAGAUUAUAUUAAAAAAAAUACAUAUAGAAGUUUAUAGAGAGAAGUAUAUGUUUUAUGUAUGGUUGGAACGUAUAGACCUGCCCCCCUUUAUGCUUAAUUUUGCCUUUUCUGUUUUUAAUACUUUUUAAGAAGAGUUAAUUCUGCCUUUCCUUCGUGAUGUGUAUAUAGACAAUCGUAUAAGCACUAACCUUAUGCAAGAUGCAAGAAAGUCUCUCUUUUGCCGUUGAGUAGGGGAAGCGCUCGUAAGGUGUAAGUUUCCCACCAGUCUUGCAAUCUGACGUCUUGGUUUCUUUCUUUCUCAACGGGGGCUUCCGCAGAUCUGGAUCUGUUUCUCUUGAGAAGUUCUCUUGCGAGCCGACGGAAACGGGGAGUCGUUUGGUUUUUCCAGGCCACGGCCGCGAUCCUCUUUCUCAGUUGCAAUCUGGCGAAGUUCUCUUUAGCUACUGUUCUGGGACAGUUUUAAGAGGGUCUUCCCAUGGGAAUCUUUGCUUGGGCAGGCUGAGCUACAGUUUUCAGUUCAUGCCACCCCCUCUAAUUCAAGAGCUCAGAGUUGCUGGGGGUGGGUGGGUGGGUGGAAUAGGAAUGGGUACAAUCACCCACCCUGAGCAGUCUGUCCUAUGGGGGAGCAGUUGCCUCACAGUUUUCAUCAUUGUUCCUAUGCAGUGGGAGACAGACGGCACGUCAGAGCUCCAAGGGGCGUUUAUGGUCGCACUUAGUGGGGAAAAGUAGCUUGUCGGAUUUGCCAUCUCCUAGCAACUGUGGGGCACUGUAUGGCCAGAUUCUUUCCUCCCAAUUGCCCUCUUCCUUUCCAGGACAAACAGCAUGCCAGUUUGGGGUUUUCAGUCUCAGGGUACCGGGCGUGCCCAAAGGGCUGCGGACGCCGACCCUCCCCUCCCCGCAAGCUGGGCUUUAGGGCACCCUUGCUCAUGGUAUAUAUGUUUUAAAAAACAUAACGCACGUAAAAUAUUUUACAUAGCCUUAUCGUACUGCGUGCAUGCGCCAAUGGUAUGCCUAUUUGUAUCACAAAGGUAUUUAUUUAUAGGGUGUGGGCCGGCAAGGCGAAAAAACGCACGUCCCUAUUGGAGCGUUCCCAUUUGCGGGGCAUUUCGUUGAAAAUUGGGCUGCUGUCCAGCACGGUUUCCACGAGCGCGAGUCUCCAACGGGCGGGGCUCUUUUGCUUUGCUAGCUUCUCCCUCUCAACUGGGCCUGAUCCAGGUACGUCCUGCAGAACGCUGCUUUGCGGAUGUAAGAGCACAAGCAUCUGGCUGCUGUAGUAUUGCUUAGAGCAACCUACCGCCUUACGCAUCCAGCCGGCCUCCUCGAUGUCCGACUUCCUGGGCCGAAUGCAAGAUUACGCAGGGGGGAUUCUGUCGUGGAGGCAUCCCUCCCCUCACCGGGACUUGAGGGAGGCUACUCUCGAGUUUCCCACUCGGAGGAUAGCAGCCGCGUUUGGUUUAAAAGGGUCGGGAUCACCUCCUCGAAGAAAUCUCUACAGUAGCAUGACAGCCAAUUUGUGGACUGGAAAGCAUUUAUGAAAAAAAAACCCCAAGAUUCACAGCACAAUGCCUUUAAAAAAAACAAAAAACAGGAAAACUAUUUUUGAGGUGUUUUGUACUUACAGCCAUAACGUUGCCAUAUUUUGAUAACGCCUGCUUUUCUAACUGGAGACUUUCUUAAAAUAUAUAUAUAUAUUAUUAUUUUAUAAAGCCGAAAGCAGAAAGGGUAUUUUUAUACAGAGGCCUGAGCUUUUUCAUGCUUCCUUUAUUUUCUCGUGGUGGUGAAAGGGGCCGAUCCGUGGGGCCGCGUGGCCGAGAAUCGCUGUCUCGCGAAGGAGAGUUGUCGUUUUUAAACCUGCAGCUUGAUUCGGAUAGAAGAAUAUGUUGUGUUUCCGCAGCGCGUGGCACCUCCACGAACCACCCUGGCAGGCCGUUGCCAUUCGGCAUCCUUUUAUGGACGGAGUGCAUUUCUGAAAUUCUUUGUCACCCAGGGGUGUGUUUACGGGUUGAAGAGCUGCUUUCUGUUUGUAAGGGGCAUUUGGUGCAUUUGGUGCACCCUGUGGGUCCCGAGGGUGCCAAAAGCAACCCUGUAUUGAUCACCCGCAGGUAAUCAAUGCUAGGUGUGUGUUAUAAGGAUGUCAAAGAAGCAUGCUCUUUGUCUUACAGAUCUUACGCAGGCGGGCGGUGUGUAAAUUAAGCCUUUUGCUUUCCUUGAAGUAUUCUCCUUUUUUUAAUUUCUUGGAACUCGUCAAGCAGGUCCGGGGCACCUCAGACUUUCUCUUGCGGCACCGGCCCACCUUCCGCCACCGAGCAUUGCCGCGGCACACUCCCAACUUUUAAAUCCUUUCUGUGAAAGGCUCUUCCCGUCAAGGCGGUGUUGGUUGCGCCAGAGAGAUCGAGCGGGUGCCGUAAAGUCCGGUUUUGUGUUGUUACUCUGAAAGUUUGUGGCGUGCCUUUCGUGGUACAGUUCAAAGAAAUUUACAAUAAAAGUCACAGUUUACAUCA